AUGCUUUGUUUGCUUCUGUUCGGUGGAAUCUCGUUUGCUAAGCUGAUUUGCCCCGACCCGAACCCUUUGAAUUGCUAUCCUGAGCUUUUUGAACCUUCUACCGAUUGGAAGACCGUCAAAGAGGGACAGAUUAUUCCGGGCGGGCUAGAUAUUCGCUUGAAUAUAGACACACUUGAACGAGAGGCUAAACUUUCCGAUAAUAACAAGCCACACGAGAACGGCGCUGUGAUUGUUUCAGAAGACAUCAUGGAAUUCGAUGAAGAACAAGACUUGUCUGAAGCUCUACGUCACGUGUCCAAGUUUGUGGAUCACGGAGUUGGCGAUCCAGCUACCCUACUCAGAAAAUUGGAAUUUAUUUCUGAGAUGAGCUCCGAUUCCGACUACGGCGUUGACACCAUGCAAUAUAUACAGCCAUUGAUCCGAUUAUCAGGCCUGUAUGACGAAGAAGGACCGAAAGAUCUCAACGAUGACGAUCGCGAUGAAAUCAGGGAGCGAGCUACUAUAAUAUUGGCUUCCUCCUUAAGAAAUAACGCAGAAGCACAGCGAAAGUUCCUACAGUAUUUCUCUGAUCCCAUGGAUUUUGUCGACCAUCUUACUGCAAAAAUUGAAAAUGACGUGCUUUUGAGGCGAAGACUCGGGAUACUCGGGUCCUUAUUGAAUAGCGGAUGGUUUAUGGACAGAUUCGAAUCUAUCAAGAAAAAACUGUUGAUUUUGUAUCCCCAGCUCGAAAAUCAAGCCACCAAGCAGCGACUCAUGCACAUCAUAAGUGACAUCACAGGAGACGUUGCGGACGAAGAUAAUGAUCGUCAGUUUGCCAAUAUUGCACAGCUUACACUGAUCGGUGAAAAGGCCCUCGACGACGGAACAUUGACACUUUUGGAUGAACUGAAAAAAUUGAAGCUAAACAACAGGAAGCUUUUCAAAGCCAGAUCCGAAUUUUUGGAGUGGCUGAACCUGCAGAUGGAGGCGCUGAAAGCGGCCAAAGACCCGAAGCUAGAAGAGUUCCGAUUUCUUCGACACGAGGUGUUUGGCAACCCGAAAGCCAUGCGAAAGAGUUACGACGAGCUUUGA